ACACACCAAAUUUCAGCCUAUAUAACCACCUAAACCAUUUCACCCAUUUGAUCACCCUCUCUCUGAAAACACACAAAACUGAGAAAGCUUAAGCUGUAUAGCUAGCUUUGGAGUAGUUCUUAAUUUCUAUAUGAUUUCCUUUCAAUCCCCCCUCUCGCCUCCAGACAUGAUCAGAAAUACGAUCCCGGAGUUUGAGAAUUCAUCAAAGAAGAGAAAGUUGGAAGAUUCACAAAAUGAUCAUGAAAAAACUUCAGACAAGCGAUCAAAACCUGAAAGCAUGAAAUCGAUGUUCAAUAUGGAGCUACAGCUCGAGACUCCAUUACCUUUGGAGUGGCAAAGAUGUCUUGAUAUUCAGUCAGGGCAGAUACACUUCUAUAAUACAAAGACCCAUACGAGAACUUGUAAGGAUCCGAGGAUAAGCCCUGAACCCCCAAGCCCUGGUCACAUGAGCUUAGACCUUGAGUUAAAUCUACCGUGCGAUUCAUCAGUAAGGAAAGCUAAUACAACAGAUCACAGAUUAAUCAACAAGCAAAACUCUGUCAGCCCCACGAGGGCCGGUUCGGUCGAUAAGAAGACCAACUCAUCGGGGGGACUAACUCGCAACCUUUCAUGGUUGGCUGUGGAGGACGAUCAGCAAGAGCAAGAGAUGGUAGCAACGGUGUGCAUGCGAUGCCACAUCUUGGUGAUGCUUUGUAAGUCAUCACCUUCAUGCCCCAACUGCAAAUUCACGCACCCACCAGAUCAAGGCCCUCCAAAGCUAUUCAAGCAAAGACUUAGCCUCCUGUGCUAGUAAGGUCAAUCAAGUUCUUUUAUGCUUGGGAUUACAAAUCCACUCCAACGUGUGUUAAUUAAAUCUGUAUCUCUUGAUUCGUAUUGAAAAACUUAAAUAGUCUUUUCUAGAUUUCUUAAGCUGAUUUAUAUGUAUACAUAUAAUUUAUAUACAAGCAUCUUAUCCCCAAUGAAAAUUGUCUACUGAGAGAGAGAGAAAUAUAGAGAGAAUUA